AUGACGACCACCUCGAGAUCGCGCAGCUUACACCGCACAGGCAGCUCCACCGGCUCCCAGCAUGGCGGCCGGAGACCUUCUGUCGGCAAGCAGGCCGGCGGUCGCGGCAGGUUCGAUCCCAACCUCAUGAUGUCCACCAACGCGGGCGACUCGGAUGGGGCGCGCGACAGGGCUUCGGAGAUGGGAUCCAGGAGGAAGAGCGUAGACGGCCUCAAGGCGCUGGAAAAGGCCGCGAGGCGCAAUAAGUCCAGCGACCGGCUCCACCGCGGCGAGAGCAGCACCAACCUCUCGAGCGCUAAGAGGUCCAAAUCGAGCACGCAGCUUGCCAUGGCUCGAGACGAGCGUCCCUCGAGGCGCAAGGAGCACGCAAAGCAGAAGACUGAGGAGCAGGAGACAGAGGACGGCUGGACCAGCGCGAGCGCCACCGGCACCCCCAUCGUCAGCCUCGAGGCCAGCCCCUCGACCAGCCCGAUGGACGAAGGGCUGGUUCUCGGCUUCAAGAAGCGUCCGGUGGCCCAGCAGUCCGACUCUCACAGUCGCAAGGAGCCUGGCAACGACCGGCUCGCAAGCAAUCAGCCGCCGCGGACCGACAUGGCCCGGACGACAUCCGCACAGAGCUCGGCAACGCCGAGGGUCAGCGCUACGAGGAUGAAUGACGACUUCGAGCCGCUGCAGCAGAACACCUUGAGCCAGACCGCUGUGCAGGGUCAGGAGUCUGUCGGUGCCAGUGCACACAGAUCGCAGGAGCCGGGACAAAGACCCACGCACGCCCAGCCAGCAGCUGGAAAUCGCACCGAGUCUUCGGUGUACAACGGCGCCGGGCUCGAGCGCGGACAGCCCAGACCGCCACCACUCGAGCGAGAGGACACUGCGCGCACGCUUCGCGACGAGGGCGACGACGCUGAUGGCCAGCAGGAACUCAACAGCAGGUCAACGGAUCCGCGGCGGGCAACUGAAGCCGCGCAGCUGCAGGAGUCGCCGUCGGCGGCCGUCAAGAGGGUGGCCGAUCUGCGACUCGAUAUCGACAGCGCCCAGUCAAGCGGCGGAUCAGCGGACCAAGACGGAUCUGCGCUGCCUGCAGAUGGACUGCGCUCCCGACGCAUCCGGUCAGAGAGCCCGGCAAAUCUUGAGGCUGACGCCCCGAGCCCGAGCGCGGCGGCCGACAGGCAGGCUCGUUCGUCGCACCACCGCGCACCCUCGUCUGCAUCCAAUCGCACUCUUAGAAGCUCGGUGCCGAUGACGUCCUCGCCGGGCUCGCUCCGGUCUCGCACCUCGGUCCUCUCCAACAUGAACAUGCUGUUCCCGCGCGAGAACCACGGGAUCGUGCCUCCGAAGCUCGACACCCACAACGCUCUGGCCGGUGCAUUGGGCGCUCGGCACGAGGACCGCGGCGACUCUGUCGGGCCAUCGCGAGGCUCUGCCAAGGGGAGUGGCAGGGGCCGGAGCGGCCUGCCUGCGAGCGCGAGCGAGCCCGUGGGGCUGGACGAGAUGUUCCCGGAUGGUCUGGCGCAGAUGAACGGCUCGAUGUCGUCCAGGGGCCAGGCCAGGAGGAAGGGCAGCAUGAGUUCGAUGAGUGGAUCCGGCAUCACAUUGCCGUCGCCGUCGCCUUCCGUCGGCAACAUUGCGCCCACCACGGCGAGCCGCGGCGCCAAUGACUUCAACUCGGUCCGUCGAGGUCCGCAGGGGUCCGUCUCCAGCCUCGCCACCGAUCCCAACAGCAUCGAGUCGUCGGGCAUCCUUUCACCCGACCGACGCCGGACCACGAGCACGCAGAGCCUGACGGCGGCAGACGCGGCGCGGCUGGCGGCCAAGCUACGCCUGGCGCGCGACUCGAUCGACGAGCAUUCGGCCACCAGCGCGCUCAGGGGCGCCAGCGCCAGCGGCUUCCUGAGCGGCGGCCAGCGCCAGGGCUCCAAUCCGCGGCUGGAGAAGUACAACAAGCCCGUCAUCUCCAACUUUGCCAAGGACCAGGCCGCCGGCGAAGCGCCGCGGGGCCUGCCGGUGACGCACGAGUCGGUGUUUUCGCGGCAGUUUUCUCGGCCGCACGAGAGCCAAGACGAGGUCGGCGGUCCUCAGCGGCGAAUGUACCGCUACGUGAUGCCCAGCGGCCUCGGCGGUCCUCCGAUCGAGAAGAGCGAGCUGUCGGAUGCGCUGCUGGGCCCGAGCCUGGACAUGGACGACUUUGAGUCGAGCUGGGCGCCCGCGCUGGCCAACGCCGCCGGUUUGGGCUCGCGCUCGAUGCGGCAUCCGUCGCGCAACGUGGAGCCCGAGUUUGGCAUCGGCCCGCACGACACCGGUGCCUCGGUCAAUGGGCCCAACUCGACGCCGCUCCACCUGAUUCACGGCCUCACGACGACGUCGCCGGACGCCUUCCCCCUCGAUCCGACCGACGUGCCGGCGCUGCAGGAGGGUGGCGACCUCUUUGACCCGACGACGGCCACGGCGCCGCACGGCGCCAUCAAAUUCGUCGAUCCGGCCCUGAUCCGCGCCAUUGCCAUGACGAGCCAGGCCAUCUCGACACACCGGGCGCACGUCGUGACGCGCCGGUACGCGGAUCCGAUGCGCGAGUCGCUCGAGCGGAUGGCGCGGUCGUCGGGCAAGUGGGGCCUGGUGCCGCAGGCGCCGGUCAACACGCCUUCGUCGCCGGCGCUCAGCCUGUCUGGAGGUCGGUGGGGCGGCCGCAAGACGGCGCCCAACAGCCCUGGCCUGCGUGCAGGAACAGCCGGCGGUGCCAGCGGUGGUGGGGUGCUGGAGCGACCGGGCUUCGCGAGGAGGCAGACGUCAGACGCGUCUACGUCUUCCCAUCAGCAUCAGCAGCAGCAGCAGCAGCAGCUGCAGAGGCACGGCCAAGGUGGGGCGAAUGCGGGGCAGCUGCACAACCACCUGGCCGGGCAGCUGGCGCACCUCGUCGAUGCGGCCGAGCACCCCGUUCGCAGCCUCAAGCGGGUCUGGAGCGGCGGACUGGGCAGGGGCGGCCUAGCUGCGCUUACGAGCACCCGAGAAGAGACGACGUGA